GCUUCCGGUCACGGGGUCUUAGCCCUGACGUGAAGAGCUUGGCAUUGUGGGAUUUCCUUCCUUUCUCGCUCUCCGGCCAUCUUGGCGGCUGCAGUGGGCUGGGGGCGUCUCGCGCCUAAGGCAGGAAGAUGGUGGCCGCAAAGAAGACGAAAAAGUCACUGGAGUCGAUCAACUCUAGGCUCCAACUGGUUAUGAAAAGUGGAAAGUACGUGCUGGGGUACAAGCAGACUCUGAAAAUGAUCCGACACGGCAAAGCGAAACUGGUCAUCCUCGCCAACAACUGCCCAGCCUUGAGGAAAUCUGAAAUAGAGUAUUAUGCCAUGUUGGCCAAAACUGGUGUCCAUCACUACAGUGGCAAUAAUAUUGAAUUGGGCACAGCGUGUGGAAAAUACUACAGAGUAUGCACACUUGCUAUCAUUGAUCCAGGUGAUUCUGAUAUCAUUAGAAGCAUGCCAGAACAGACUGGUGAAAAGUAAAUCAUGCACAAUUUUUCUUUAAUAAAACUGGCCAGAGCUUGUUUUAAAAAUA